CUCUGGGGUCACCGGUUUCGAUAUAAUAUUUAAUACAGUAAGAACUACCUCACCAAAUCCGUUUCUACUGGCAUCUCUUUAACCACCGAACCAGCAGCACGAGCUCAAGAAGGAAGGGAACGAUAACGGAGAUGAUGGCACGGAGAAAGAUGAAGAAGUGUUAUCGACCCGAGUCCCGUCUGGUAUAUAAUAAGGAUGUCGAAGACGUGGCUGGUCAUGAUGAGGGCAACACCACACAGGCAACACAUGCCGGACGUGGUGCACACACUGUGGCUUCCUCAGCAAACAUUGCAUCACCAACAUUAUAUGGCGGAUACUGGUGGCUCCCAAUCUUGGUUUGGUGCAUGGUGGUGGCGAUCUCGGAGGCCCAUCCGGCCGCCAAGCGGUUGCACGAUGACUUGCUGAGUGACUACAACCGUCUCAUCCGGCCUGUGGGUAAUCACAGCCAUAAAGUGACGGUCCAUUUGGGAUUGAAGCUCUCACAGCUCAUUGAUAUAAACUUGAAACACCAAGUCAUGACGACAAAUGUGUGGGUGGAGCAAACAUGGCAUGAUUAUAAACUCAAAUGGGAUCCUGACGACUACGGUGGCGUGGAGAUGAUCCAUGUUCCGGCUGAGCACAUAUGGCUUCCAGAUAUAGUUCUUUUCAAUAAUGCCGACGGCAAUUACGAAGUGACCUUGAUGACUAAAGCAACAGUCUAUUAUUCGGGAGAAAUAGUCUGGAAACCCCCCGCCCUGUACAAGAGCACCUGCGAGAUCGACGUUGAAUACUUCCCCUUUGACGAACAAUCGUGUUUGAUGAAGUUCGGUUCCUGGACAUACGACGGCUACGAGGUUGAUCUUCGACAUGUGAAACAAGAGGAAGGUUCUACCCUUGUCCCCCAGGGAAUUGAUAUGAGCGAAUUCUACAAAAGCGUCGAAUGGGACAUCCUCUUGGUUCCGGCUAAGUAUAACGAGGAAUAUUACGAUUGCUGCGUCGAACCUUACCCGGACAUCACUUUCAACAUCACCAUGAGGCGGAAGACGCUCUUCUACACGGUCAACCUUAUCAUCCCCUGCGUCGGCAUCUCUUUUCUCACCGUUCUGGUCUUUUACUUACCUUCGGACAGUGGCGAGAAGGUGACCCUCUGCAUAUCCAUCUUGGUGUCCCUCACUGUGUUCUUCUUGUUGCUUGCAGAGAUCAUCCCACCCACAUCUCUGGCGGUGCCACUGCUCGGAAAAUAUUUGCUUUUUACCAUGAUUCUAGUGACAUUAUCCAUAUCCGUGACUGUGGGAGUCUUGAAUGUCCAUUUCAGAUCCCCGUCGACCCAUCAAAUGUCCCCGUGGGUUCGAAGGGUGUUUAUACACAUCAUGCCAAGAUUGCUUUUAAUGCGCAGACCCAUGUAUGCAUCGGACGACGAACUGGCGGAUCCGUCGAAGUUUUCUGUCAGAAGUUGCAAUGGAGUCGAAUUGAGAAGACAAAGGGAUGAGGGAAACAGACCACCUGUUGUGGUUCCUCCCUUGGAUAAUCUGCAUGUGAGUUAUGAUCAUAAUGGUGGGGCGGAAGAAGUUGGGAUGGAAGCGGAAUCGAUAGUGAUGGGAAAUGGAGGCCCUCGUCAUAAGCAGUAUGCCCCAGAAACACAGAAAGCGAUUGAAAGCAUUUUGUUCAUAGCAGAACAUAUUAGAAAAGAAGACGAAGAGGAAAGUGUUAUCGAAGACUGGAAAUACGUCGCCAUGGUGCUCGACAGACUUUUUCUAUGGAUUUUUACUAUAGCGUCUCUCGUAGGAACAUGCGGCAUUUUAUUGCAGGCACCUUCUUUGUAUGACGACAGGAUACCUAUCGAGGGAUUCCACGUUGCAUGAUUUUGUAUUUAAUAGUUAUUUGAUGCUGUUUAAUCUAACUAAUAAUUCUUGUUUCACUCCCCCUUUUUGUGCCCCGUCGGCCCUUUCUUGGCAGCUACGCCAUGUUCACUAUAUGUAAGCAUAUAUGGACAUGUAGAUACGUAGAAGAAUAGACAAAAAUGGUAUUGUACAAUUCGCAACACUGGUGAAAGCGCGCAUUCAUUUCGUUGGUUCUUGCACUUUCUGCAAUCGAAGAAUUCGAUUGAUUUUCACGCUUGAAAGUAACGUUCUUGUGAUUUUGCAAAAUUAUUUAUUAAGACAACAAAAGGUAUUAUUUUAGUAGGCAAAUCGUAUGGCGCUAGUAUUUGUUUCAUAUGCAGGGCGAUUUUUUAUAGCAACGACGACGUGAAAGUAUACAGAAAGAACGUAUGCUAUAUAUAUUGCUAUAUUAUGUUUUUCGACAGUUUGUUGUCGAAAAAUACCGACAACGUACUGUUCAAAGUAAUAUAUAUGGCAGUGACUAUUAAUUUUUCGUUACAAAUAAAUGCUGAUUAAUAUGCAAAUUUAAAUAUCUUCAGGAUGAAAGCAUUUGUGUCUGAUGUUUUCAAAAUAGACAAAACUGCAAAUAGUGCUAAAAAUAAUAAAUGGAACAAUGAGAACAAAUAUACCGUCUCGCGGAACGUUGAUUUGUAUAAGAUAUAAAUAAAACUCUUGAUUUGCACCUAAUUCAUGCAAUGUUCCGGAUAUAUUUCCUUUAUUUUAAGAUGGUGGUGAAGGCUCAAUGAUUCUGAUGGGCCUGAAAUCAAACGCCACACGAAAAGUUCGCACAUAUUUUUCUUACUUUACAAGAGCAAAUGGUAAUCAAGAUAUAAUUUUCCCUCACAAUGCCAUAUUAUUUUACUUUCGCGAUACUACUUAAGAGGUGAGUGGGUGUUCAUACAUGCACUCACGCACACUAAUGGUUGAUAAGUCUAUAUAGGUAUCAACCAUUAGUAGCUAGUAUCAGAUUGCAAACUUUCGAUCUGUAUAGAAUUUAUUUAAAACUGAGAUACACCAGAAAGCAAUGCAUUGCUCAUUUAUGGGCAAGACUAAUAUAAUACGGAAUACUAAUAUUUCCACUCGAUCAAUAUUUGCCGUAUCAUUCGGAAAUCACGAAUGGCACACCACUUGCUGCCGAUGUAUCAGAAAAAUCAGCCACAUUAUCAGAUUUCCUUAUUAGAAAAUUGUUGCACAUGAUUUUAAUAAAAAAAUCACACUAAAGCUAACAAUUUCCACAUACUCGUUUUCACAUAUCAUUCUUGUAGUACAGAUUUUAAUAUUGCAUUACUCACUACUCUAUUAACAACACUGUGACUAAAAACGUAAUCACUACGCCAUCCACACGUCUAAUCAAAAUUCUUCUGCUUGGUACCAGAAGGAAUGGUUCAGAUCAUUUUUGUCACGAAUAGAUCCGACAGCUUUCAUGGGGUACCAACUUGGUGAUAGCAUGGUGUUGAAAUUUUUGAGAAAUUUAUGCAUGUUAAGGACUCAGUUUAAACAAAAAGUCAUCCAAAGAACUAAUGAGUACUGAUACUUGUGCAUUGCUGCGUAAAAUUAUUGUUUCGGAAUAAAUCUAGUUCCAGCUCAGGGAAGUAAUCUAAUUUUUGGCAAUGCACUUCCCUCGGAUUAUUUUGAUGCGCCUGAGUGUAACGGUGCUUCUUUGUUAAAUGAAACACUGCUCCCAAUUCCGAGACUAUCUGCAAUGAAGGGAAUUAUUCACAUACCGUUUGCUCUUGAAAGGUUUAGCGAUCGCACCGGUGGAUUUGUUCGCUAAUGUUUGAGGUCGGCUGCAGAGUUGUUAGCAAACGUAUUUGGCAGUAUACUCGUCGUUAGCAAGCAUGUUUUUCACAAAAUUGCCCUGUAUAUUUCUUAAAAUAACAGCAAAAGUAAAGCAGAAAAGCUCACGACGUCUUCCACACAGGUAUUUUAAUCAAAAGUGUAUACUUAGAAAUGCCUUUUUUUAACAGAGCAUUUCCAAACACUUCUAGUUUAAAAUGAAGUUCACGAUUAGGUUUAAUAUUCACUUGUGGUGCUCUUGCAUCUAACAGGGCGUUGCUAUUUAAAAGAUCCUAAGGCGUAAUGCAAAACAUUUGCAUGGACCUGGUAAAAUAUAAAUUUAAAUUUAUUAGAGAUUAUGACCGAACAGUCCAUAUACAGCGAAACUUGACUCAUUCGCAUUUUCCUCUAAUCCUUAGAAUUUCCUCAUAAUAUAUAACCAAAAUGUCAGCAUUCAUUGGACUGCAUUUCGGUUUGGUGCGAUCUAAAUUCGAAAUGCAAACUAAAGAUAUUUCGGAAUUAUUUUCGUUAGUAGAAUGCUUCCGAAUCUUAAGUUCUCAAAGAUGACAGUCAAUUUUUAAGUUCUUUACUGGGUGGAAAUGUAUGGAAUAAAAAAAAAUGCUGAAAUAACCUUUUCUUCCAAAAAAGUUUGGACACAU